UGCUGUCUUUUAGUUUUUCUGUUUGUUUGCGUGGAAAGUGAAAUCGAGUUAGAAUGUGCGAUGGGGGCUUUUUACCGUGAAACACCGUUUACUCGUUCCACGAGGAUCCUGCGGGGAGCCAGUUGAACAACUCAAACGCCCUUUUCUCUCUCUCGCGUUGCAGAUCUAGAUAAUGGCCUUCCAACUGGACGAUCUGCUGAAGGACGACAAGAAAGACGCGAACCUAAUACCCGACUUGAGCAAGGCGACCUGUAACUCUUACGAGGAAUACCGGCGACUCAAGGAGCACUGUCCAGAGUUCAAGAUCAAACCGGAAAAGGUAAAAAGAGAGGACGCAAAGGUUCGAGAUAAGGAGUUCUCUUGGAGGGCCACCAAGAAGGAACUCAAAGCCAGGGAAUGGGCGUAUGGCGACCCGGUGCCACCGGACAUGAGGGAGUUGGAUCUGCAAGAGUUGCAGCAGGUCGCCAUCGACUGGCGAAUGCUGACCCCGAUCAGGCCAAAGCUUCGUCAGGAUGAAGAAAUGUUCUCGAGGCUGGACCUUCAUGGGUUCAAGGUGGAGAUGGGCAAAUUGGAGGCAAAGACCAUGAUGAAGGAGCGCCGUUCACCAACAAGCCCCAUCAGACGGAGCAAAAAUCGCGCCGGCAUAAUCGAGAGCAGCGUAAAGACCUGCCGGGAAUGCGGCGAGGAGUAUUGCUUCGGCGAAUUUUGCGGAGAUGUUCUCUAUGACUCCUUCGUGAGGGUGACGAUCGCCACUCAGCAGCCGAAGAUUAAGGUGUCUGCCGAUACCGAGGCCAUAAUCGCAAACAUGGAUCGCAAGAAGAAGCGGAAAAAAACGAGGAAGAAGAGGGUUAAGAGCAAGAGCAGGGCGUCCAGAAAAUCCGCUCGACUCUUAGUUAACGGCAAGGCGAGGAAAUCGAUAAGCGACCUCGAGGCCAAGAGCAUCAAAGCGUCCAGAGCUCAGGACGCCGGUGAGCAAAGUGAAAAGCCGGCGAAGCAGUUCAAAAGGAAAUGCAGUAAAUACACGAAGAAGGGUCUUUUGCGUAAGUGAUCGCAAUUGCGGGAAGCUCAGAAAAAUUACACAUCAUUUAAAAAGCUUUAGGAAUGUACAUUUGUACAACGUCUAAUAUCUUGAUAAUGGACAUGAAGGUAUCCUGAGUAGAUUAAAAAUAUGUAAGAGUCGCAAGUACGAGUGCUCUUCGGGUAUUAUAAUAUAGGAUACGAUUGAAAAGGCAUGACGCACGAAAAGUGAAUACGAUCAAUCGACAAAUAAACGGGAAAACAAAUUCGCAGUCUUUUGCAUUUUAUUAACUGUGUGUCGGCAAAUAUUAUAUAUACUCUGUAGUCCCUCGACACGACAAGCGUUAAUACUCUCUCCCUCUCUCUCUCUCUCUCUCUCUCUCUCUCUCUCUCGUCUCUGAAGCGUUUUUUGCGCAAAAGAAAACAUAAUGCAUCGUUCUUCCAACAAACAACAGAACACGCUGGGUAAAUAUGCACAAGUGUAUGUACAAAUCGUCACGAUGGAAUACCAGGCAGGCGCAUUGAAUGCUCCCAAUUAAAUGCUGGAAAAAUAUAACUUUUAUUCAGUU